AUGUUUCGAGGUACAUGAACGAUCGCAGAAAUCAAGAUGGAAAUUCCCUUCGUACCUCGAGCGCCAUUUAAAUUGCGAAAUUUAAAAAUUUUAGAAAAAAUUAAUGUAUUGGAAAAGUAGAGUAGUUAAAUUUACAAAUUCUUCUUUCAACAGUAAACAAUAAUAAUUUUAUUCUCGAGCAUAGUUAUUCGAUUUCUGAUAUCUUUUCCAAUUUUGUCUGAUAUUAUGGUCAUUUAUUUUGGAUCCUCACAUAAUGUUGCACCCUUUACGUAUAUUUCUUUCCAUUAUGAUUCUAAACACACGUUCAUGUAUAUUUUUGAGAAGUUAAUAUAUUCAAUACAUAGUUGUCGAAUAAUAAUAAAUUGCCUGUUAAGAAACUUGAUAACAUGUGUUAAAUUGACACACAGGUUCUUUUUUUAUAACAAAUAUUAUUUACAGCUUUGACAAGUUUUGUUAUUGAAGACGUUAUAAAUAUAGUUGCAAAUAGAAGAAAAUUUAAGACAAAUAAUGUACGAUUAUAUUUAACGAAAAUAAUGAAUAAAUAUUUGGAAUAAAUAACGAAUAGGUAUAUAUCUUUUGUCCGCCACUAUAUAUACUAUAGAUAUUAGGUAAAUAUAUGUAUAUACUUAUAUUCUCGCUCAAAAAUUUAAUACAUCUUUUUCUUUUUAGACGAAACAAAUUUUUUUCUACAUUUGUCUGAAAAAUAAGAAUAUCAUAAUUAUAACUUUAAACUUAAAACAUAACCAAUUAAAAUUUUCAGUAGAUAGUAAGAAAAUUUAUAUGAAUAAAAUAUUUACUUAAAGUUAUAUUUAAAAAAAAGUACUAUUUCUCUUGAAAUUCUACGUUCUAAAUUUUUGAGUAUACGUGUAAAUGAUAUAACUUUUACAAAAAAAUGUGUCAAAUUGAUACUGGAAACGGAUAAGAGUUGAUUUAUUCAUUUAAUUAUUCAUCAUAAAUAUACGCUAUUCUUUCGAGCCGGUGAAAAUAGAAAACGAGGACGAAAUAAAGAAUGUCACGUUCAAUUAUGAGAAGAUUUCUUUGCGAAUGAUUUAACAUUGUCACGAAAGUGGAAAUUACUUUCUCUUCCUUGUUUUCACAUGGAGAGGCUUGUGUAUUCUCAUUGGGUCUUGACGAUUGCCCUUGAACGGGAAAAUAUUUCUAAGAAAACAAGGAAUUUCCCAUGAGUCCCACGAUCUAGCAGGAAAAUCGUGAAAAACAUUUUUACGAGAAAAUAUGUACAUUCUAGUCAUUUCAUGUUAACUUUCAUUUUUUGCCUUAACCCAGAUUUUGUUUUCUAAAUAACUUACACAUUUCUUUUAUUUGUGAUUUAAAUCAAAAUACAGGGUGUCCUAAUAUUAAAGGUAUUUACAAUUGAAAAUAACUCAAAAAAAAAAAAAUGAUAGAUACAUGAAUAGCCAAAUUGACCAACUUUACUUUUCGUUGAUCUCUUAAUUCCAUUUCGUAAGUACAAAGUUAAUGAUCAGUUUUCAAGAAACAAAUUAUCUACUACAACUUUAUUUAAGAAAAUUCAGAAUUUAUAUCGUUACUUUUCUGUUUUUUAAUUUAUUAUAUCACUACGUCAUGUUUGAUUGAAAAUCAUAAUAGAUCAGUGGAUCGAGCUAUCAUAAAGCUACUGGGAUUCCGGAGGGCGAUGCCAGUCACCGGCAGAACGUUGAACCUAACGACAGAGAUUUAUCAGAUCGCCGACGGCGAGCUGUUGAAGACGUUCUUCGUCAGCCCCGCCGGUAAUAUCUGCUUCCACGGCAAGUGCAGUUAUUACUGCGAUACGGCGCACGCGAUUUGCGGAAAUCCGGACACCCUUGAAGGGAGUUUCGCCGCGUUCUUGCCGGAUAAAUCUUUCGUCGCGAGGAAGGCCUGGCGACAUCCCUGGCGCAGGAGUUAUCACAAGAGGAAGAAGGCGCAAUGGGAGCACGAUUCUGAUUACUGUUCCCUCGUAAAAGAAAUUCCACCGUAUAACAAGGGUCGAAGACUUCUGGAUCUCAUGGAUAUGGCUGUCUUAGAUUUUCUUAUGGGGAACAUGGAUAGACAUCAUUACGAAACGUUCAAAAUUUUCGGUAACAACACAUUCCCUUUACACUUGGAUCAUGGUAGAGGAUUUGGCAGGCCCUUCCACGAUGAGAUCUCUAUCUUGGCGCCCAUCUUACAAUGCUGCAUGAUCAGGCAAACAACUCUAAGCACUCUCCUAAAGUAAGUUCUGUUUGCGUUAUAGAAAUUCUUCCUAAUUGAUUCUCGCAGCUUGGAUUCUGAUUUUAUCUUCUCUAUAUUGUAUCAAAAAUUUUUUAUUGAUAAGACUUGGGCCUUUAAUGAGAAAUAA